AAGUGAAGUUGAUUUUCUUUUUUUUUCAAUUAAGUUUUUGAUUUCUAGUACCCACAUAAUUGGCGCAGUCGGUAAGUUUUUCGCGGUCGUGAAAAAGAACAUUUGCAUUGUGCCAGAAAUCGUUUUCGUGACUAUGAAAUUUUAACUCAUUCAGCAGGAUCGAAGGGAUGCAAGGAGCUCUCUGCAGAGAAAGGAUCGGAAAAAGAACCAGGAGACUACAAUUAGCAAACUAUUUUUUAUCAUAAAUAAUUUUAAAAAAAAGGAAAAAAUGGCCACAGAGGAAUAUUUUGGUGAGGAGAAUCUGGAUGAGAUGGACCGAGAGUGGGAAGAUUUUGCAAAAUUGAGGGAACAAAAAAGAAGUAGUUCCCAAGGAUUUUAUCCUUGUCCGCCACCUGAAGAUGUAGAAGAUUACAUUCAAACCCUUAUGUAUGGUCGCUACAGUAAGCAGUUGGGUGAAUUUGCUAAGUUAGAAGGAUUGAAAGCUGCUGAAAAACAAAGAGUCAAAGCUGAGAAAGCCAGAAAGAGAGAUCUCAGGGGUUACCAAGGAAAAUUUGCAAAGACUAUAUCUUUGCUAUGGAAGCAUACAUUCGCAAGGCUUGGGGAAGAUUGGGUCUUCUUAGCUCUUUUAGGUAUUAUAAUGGCCCUUCUGAGUUUUGUUAUGGACAGAGGAAUUUCCGUGUGCGAUAGUGGUGAAACUAGGCCCAUCACGGAACCUAUUUUCACAUCUUUCAAAGCAUUUUCAAUAUUCCAGACAACUGUAGAUAGAUCAGGUAUCCCAGAAAUGAAAACAAUUCUGCGAGGUGUCGCUUUGAAAGAAUAUCUAACAUUCAGAACGCUCAUAGCGAAAGUAGUAGGACUAACCGCUACAUUAGGAAGUGGGAUGCCCCUAGGUAAAGAAGGUCCAUUCGUCCAUAUCGCCAGUAUAGCAGCUACACUGCUGAGCAAACUUGUUACUGGAUUUCAAGGAAUUUACGAAAACGAAAGUAGGACCACGGAAAUGCUUGCUGCAGCAUGUGCCGUUGGAGUAGCAAGUUGUUUUGCUGCUCCGGUUGGAGGGGUACUGUUCAGCAUAGAAGUAACCACAACUUAUUUUGCUGUUCGCAACUACUGGAGAGGAUUUUUUGCUGCUGUGUGCGGAGCCACAACGUUUCGUCUCUUGGCAGUGUGGUUCCAAAGGGCAGAGACGGUCAGAGCAGUUUUCAAAACUAGUUUUUUCAUGGAAUUUCCUUUUGAUCCACAAGAAUUAUUCGUUUUUGCUCUAAUGGGAGCCGUGUGUGGAUUAGGAGGUGCAUUUUAUGUGUGGGUACAUAGAAAAUAUGUCAUGUACAUGAGGAACAAUAAACUCAUUAACAGUUUUUUCAAAAAGAACUCAAAUGUUCCUGAAAUUCAGGCGAAUAUCCAGAAUAACUCCCAGAUAUCGCGAGCUUCUCUGUUCCUCAACGCAGUCACCCUUUACUCACAACUUCCCGAAGAUAUUCACGUUAGAAUGUAUAACGUUCAUGUAGAAAACUUUAUGGUUAGAGAUGUGAAAUAUAUUUUCUAUACGAUGUCUUAUAAUCAACUGAAAACUCUUCUGAAAGAAAACAGGAGGUUACAAAGUUUUCCACUAGUAGAUAGUCCAGAAAGCAUGGUCCUACUGGGUUCCAUUCAGAGGUUACAACUAAUUCAACUCAUCGAAAAGCACAUAGGAAAAGAAAGAAGGCUACAGGUGGCCGCCAUAAGACAAAGAGAGGCCGAAGAAAAGGCUAUUGAGGAAGCUCUAAAGAAGGCAGAAGAAAGAACUAAAAGGAGGCCAUCCAGAUUUCAGGUAGUUCCAGCGCCAGACAUGCUUCAAAGACAGUCAUCAGAGAAUAAUCUUGAUCAACCAACAUACAAUCCUGUAUUCGGUUCACAACCCAAAAAAUCGAUUCUUAAAAAGACGAACUCAUUUACGUUGAAGGGUUUCACGCCAUUUGUGACUACGAGUCCAGGAAGUACACCUUAUACCACAGUAACAGGAGCAGAAAGCAGAAUAAGAUCGGCAUUUGAAGCUAUCUUCAGGAAAUCGGCUCAACUUCAAGACGUUGAAGGCAAUGCAGAAAGUCAAGAAAGUAACGGCCAAAUAGUUGCAAUGAGUCCCAUUGCACUAAAGAAGGUUCAACUGCCGAGUGAGAGGGUUUGUGACAUGAGUCCAGAAGACCAAAUCAAAUGGGAAGAAGAGCAAAUGCAGUUACCGGUUGACUUCUCUGCUUGUCAUAUAGAUCCAGCUCCGUUUCAGCUAGUAGAAAGGACAUCCUUAUUAAAAGUGCAUUCCCUCUUCUCGAUGGUUGGGGUGAAUCAUGCUUACGUAACUGCAAUUGGGAAACUCGUAGGUGUGGUAGGUUUAAAAGAUUUGAGAAAAGCUAUCGAAGAUGCAAAUAGUGGAAAUCUUCAUUCCACCAGUACUGACACAACAGCUCUAAGCAAUGGAAAAAUAAGUGCCAGCGAUAUCAAAGAUUCCCUAGAAAAUGUACAUGAAAUAGUCAAAGAUUCCAAAAUGUGAUAUUUAUUUUUAUUGCCAUUAUAAAUUAUUACAAUACGUAUCGAAUAAAAUUGUUUGAAUAA